AUGGAUGUUAUUAAUGCAAUUAUUAAACCAGUUGUUGACACUCUUAUGGUUCCUGUUAAGAGACAUCUGGGCUACAUGAUAAACUGUACAAAAUAUGUUAGGGAUAUGCAUAACAAAUUGAGCGAGUUGAAUUCUGCAAAAACUGGUGUUGAAGAUCACAUUAAACAAAACACAAGUAGCCUUCUUGAGGUUCCAGCCCAAGUCAGGGGUUGGUUGGAAGAUGUAGGAAAAAUCAAUGCAAAAGUGGAAGACAUACCUAGUGAUGUCAGCAGUUGUUUCAGUCUCAAGCUUAGGCACAAGGUCGGAAGGAAAGCCUUCAAGAUCAUUGAGGAAGUUGAAAGUCUCACAAGAAAACACUCUCUAAUCAUCUGGACUGAUCAUCCGAUUCCACUUGGAAAAGUUGAUUCCAUGAAGGCAUCCGUCUCUACGCCAUCUACUUAUCAUGAUGACUUCAAGUCAAGAGAACAGAUUUUCACAGAAGCACUACAAGCACUCCACCCAAACCACAAAUCCCACAUGAUAGCCUUAUGUGGGAUGGGUGGUGUUGGGAAAACCACAAUGAUGAAAAGGUUGAAGAAGAUUGUGCAAGAAAAGAAAAUGUUUGAUUUUAUUAUUGAGGCAGUUAUAGGGCACAAAACGGAUCCCAUUGCUAUUCAGGAAGCAGUAGCAGAUUACCUCAGUAUAGAGCUCAAAGAAAAAACUAAAUCAGCAAGAGCUGAUAUGCUUCGUAAAAUGUUAGUUGCCAAGUCAGAUGGUGGUAAAAAUAAGUUCCUAGUAAUACUUGACGAUGUAUGGCAGUUUGUUGAUUUAGAAGAUAUCGGUUUAAGUCCUUUGCCAAAUCAAGGUGUCGACUUCAAGGUCUUGCUAACAUCUCGGGAUGUAGAUGUUUGCACUAUGAUGGGAGUCGAAGCCAAUUCAAUUCUCAACAUGAAAAUCUUACUAGAUGAAGAAGCACAAAGUUUGUUCAUGGAGUUUGUACAAAUUUCGAGUGAUGUUGAUCCCAACCUUCAUAAGAUGGGAGAAGAUAUUGUAAGAAAGUGUUGUGGUUUGCCUAUUGCCAUCAAAACCAUGGCCCUUACUCUUAGAAAUAAAAGCAAGGAUGCAUGGAGUGAUGCACUUUCUCGUUUAGAGCAUCAUGACCUUCACAAUUUUGUGAAUGAAGUUUUUGGAAUUAGCUACGACUAUCUUCAAGACCAGGAGACUAAAUAUAUCUUUUUGCUUUGUGGAUUGUUUCCCGAAGACUACAAUAUUCCUCCUGAGGAGUUAAUGAGGUAUGGAUGGGGCUUAAAUUUAUUUAAAAAAGUGUAUACUAUAAGAGAAGCAAGAGCCAGACUCAACACCUGCAUUGAGCGGCUUAUCCAUACCAAUUUGUUGAUGGAAGGAGAUGUUGUUGGGUGUGUAAAGAUGCAUGAUCUAGCACUUGCUUUUGUUAUGGAUAUGUUUUCUAAAGUGCAGGAUGCUUCAAUUGUCAACCAUGGUAGCAUGUCAGGGUGGCCUGAAAAUGAUGUGAGUGGCUCUUGCCAAAGAAUUUCAUUAACAUGCAAGGGUAUGUCUGGGUUUCCUAUAGACCUCAACUUUCCAAACCUCACAAUUUUAAAACUUAUGCAUGGAGAUAAGUUUCUCAAGUUUCCUCCAAACUUUUAUGAACAAAUGGAAAAGCUUCAAGUUGUAUCGUUUCAUGAAAUGAAAUAUCCGUUUCUUCCCUCGUCUCCUCAAUAUUGCUCCACCAACCUUCGAGUUCUUCAUCUCCAUCAAUGCUCAUUGAUGUUUGAUUGCUCUUGUAUUGGAAAUCUGUUUAAUCUGGAGGUGUUGAGCUUUGCUAAUUCUGGCAUUGAAUGGUUACCUUCCAGAAUUGGAAAUUUGAAGAAGCUAAGGCUACUAGAUUUGACAGAUUGUUUUGGUCUUCGUAUAGAUAAGGGUGUCUUAAAAAAUUUGGUCAAACUUGAAGAGGUUUAUAUGAGAGUUGCUGUUCGAAGUAAAAAAGCCGGAAAUAGAAAAGCCAUUAGCUUCACAGAUGAUAACUGCAAUGAGAUGGCGGAACUUUCAAAAAACCUUUUUGCAUUAGAAUUUGAGUUCUUUGAAAUCAAUGCUCAACCGAAGAAUAUGUCUUUUGAGAAACUUGAACGAUUCAAGAUCUCGAUGGGAAGUGAGUUAAGAGCGGAUCAUUUGAUAUCGAGUAGUCACUCGUUCGAAAACACGUUGAGGUUGGUCACCAAAAAAGGUGAGCUAUUGGAAUCCAAAAUGAAUGAGUUGUUUCAAAAAACAGACGUGCUCUAUUUAAGUGUAGGGGAUAUGAAUGAUCUUGAAGAUAUUGAGGUGAAGUCAUUGCAUCCUCCUCAAUCCUCUUCGUUCUACAAUUUAAGAGUCCUUGUCGUUUCGCGUUGCACGGAGUUGAGAUAUCUUUUCACAGUUAGCGUUGUAAAAGCUUUGUCAAAACUUGAGCAUCUGAGAGUUUCCUACUGCAAGAACAUGGAAGAACUCAUACAUACCGGGGGUAACGGAGAAGAGAAAAUUACGUUCCCCAAGCUGAAGUUUUUAUAUUUGCAUACACUAUCGAAGCUAUCGGGUUUGUGCCAUAAUGUGAACAUAAUUGAGAUCCCACAACUCUUGGAGUUGGAACUAGUCUAUAUUCCAAAUAUCACAAACAUUUAUCACAAGAAUAAUUCGGAAACAUCUUGUUUACUGAACAAAGAGGUUAUGAUUCCUAAGUUGGAGAAAUUGUCUGUUCGUGGAAUGGACAAUUUGAAGGAGAUAUGGCCUUGUGAAUAUAGGAUGAGUGGUGAAGUUAAAGUGAGAGAGAUUAAAGUGGAUUAUUGUAAUAAUCUUGUGAAUUUGUUUCCAUGCAACCCCAUGCCAUUGAUACAUUAUCUUGAAGAGCUUGAAGUCAAGAAUUGUGGCUCCAUUGAGAUGUUAUUCAACAUCGACCUAGAUUGUGUUGGUGGAGUUGGAGAAGAUUGCGGCAGCAGCAACUUGAGAAGCAUUGUUGUUUUUCAAUUAUGGAAUCUAAGUGAGGUUUGGAGGGUAAAAGGUGAAAAUAACUCCCAUCUCUUGGUUCGUAGCUUUCAAGCCGUUGAAAGCAUUACAAUUGGAAGUUGUGUGAGGUUUAGACAUAUAUUCAUGCCUACUACCACCAAUUUUGAUCUUGGGGCACUUAUCAAGGUUUCCAUUAGUGCUUGUGGAGAAACCCGGAGAAAGAAUGAAUCCAUGGAGAGCGACAAGAAGACUAAUAUUCUAUCAAAGGAAGAGACGUCACAAGUCGAUGAUAGUAUUUCUAAGAUCUUUAGAUUCUCAUCGUGUCUUGCAAACUCUUUUCAUAACCUCCGUAUGCUUGAAUUGCGGAGAUAUGAAGGAGUGGAGGUGGUGUUUGAGAUAGAGGGUGAGAGUCCAACAAGUAGAGAAUUGGUAACAACUCACCAUAACCAACAACAACCUAUUAUACUUCCCAACCUCCAGGAAUUAGUUCUAUGGGAAAUGGACAACAUGAGUCAUGUGUGGAAGUGCAAGAAUUGGAAUAAAUCCUUCACUCUUCCAAAACAACAAUCAGAAUCCCCAUUCCACAACCUCACAACCAUAAAUAUUUACAGAUGCAAAACCAUUAAGUACUUGUUUUCACCUCUCAUGGGAAAACUUCUUUCCAACCUAAAGACAAUCGAUUUAGUAAAGUGUGAUGGUAUUGAAGAAGUUGUUUCAAAUAGAGACGAUGAGGAUCAAGAAUAUACUACAUCGGUAUUUACCAACACAAGCACCACUGUGUUUCCAUGUCUUAAUUCUCUAUCUCUUAAUAGACUUGAUAGUCUCAAGUGUAUCGGUGGUAGUGUUUGUGCCAAUGGUGUGAAUAAUGAAAUAUCUUCCAAUAAUUCCACUACCACUACCGCCUUUGUUGAUCAAUUUAAGUCUUCUCAAGUGGGUGAUGUUUCUUGGGCCUUAGGCCAAUACUCCAGAGAAAUAACAAUACGGAUGUGCUAUAAAUUGUCAAGUUUGAUUCCAUCCUAUGCAGCAGGACAAAUGCAAAAGCUUGAAAAGCUGAAAAUAGAACAUUGUGGUGGGAUGAAGGAGCUAUUUGAAACUCAAGGGAUCAACAACAACAGUAUUGGUUGUGAGGAAGGAAAUUUUGAUACACCAGCAAUUCCACGACUGAAUAAUGGUUGCAUGCUUCAACUUGUGAACCUAAAGGAGUUGAAUAUCAACAGUGCUAACCAUUUGGAAUAUGUAUUCCCAUAUUCGGCACUUGAAAGCCUUGGGAAACUUGAGGAAUUGUGGAUAAGGAAUUGCUCAGCAAUGAAAGUGAUUGUGAAGGAAGAUGAUGGAGAGCAGCAAACAAUAAGAACAAAGGGUGCAUCUUCUAAUGAGGUUGUGGUCUUUCCUCCUAUAAAGUCCAUUAUACUAUCUAAUCUACCAUGCCUCAUGGGUUUCUUCUUGGGGAUAAAUGAGUUCACACAUGGUUGGUCGACAGCCCCGCAGAUCAAGUAUAUAGACACAAGCUUAGGAAAACAUAGUCUUGAAUAUGGUCUAAUUAACAUUCAAUUCCCCAACCUAAAGAUACUGAUUAUUAGAGAUUGUGACCGUUUGGAACACAUAUUCACAUUCUCUGCAGUUGCAAGCCUCAAGCAACUCGAAGAGUUAAGGGUAUGGGAUUGCAAGGCAAUGAAAGUGAUUGUGAAGAAGGAAGAAGAAGAUGCAUCAUCAUCAUCUUCUUCUUCUUCUUCUUCUAAGAAGGUUGUGGUCUUUCCUCGUCUAAAGUCCAUUACGCUGGGCAAUCUACAAAACCUUGUGGGUUUCUUCUUGGGGAUGAAUGACUUCCAAUUUCCAUUAUUGGAUGAUGUUGUAAUCAAGAGAUGUCCCCAAAUGGUGGUGUUCACAUCUGGUCAGUUGACAGCUCUGAAGCUCAAGCAUGUACAAACAGGCGUAGGCACAUACAUUCUUGAAUGUGGGCUUAACUUUCAUGUGUCCACCACUGCGCAUCAUCAGAACCUAUUCCAGAGUUCAAACAUUACAAGCUCAUCCCCUGAUACUACAAAAGGAGGAGUACCUUGGUCUUAUCAAAAUUUGAUCAAAUUACAUGUGUCCGGUUAUAUGGAAACUCCUAAAAAGCUUUUUCCAUGCAAUGAGCUGCAGCAACUGCAAAAUCUGGAAAUGAUUAGACUAUGGCGCUGUAAUUUGGUAGAGGAGGUAUUUGAAGCACUCCAAGGGACAAAUAGUGGUUCUGCUUCUGCAUCACAAACUACUCUUGUCAAACUUCCAAACCUAAGACAAGUGGAGUUAGAGGGGCUAAUGAAUCUGAGGUAUAUAUGGAGAAGCAAUCAGUGGACAGUAUUUGAGCUUGCAAACCUAACAAGAGUUGAAAUUAACGAAUGUGCAAGGUUAGAAUAUGUAUUUACUAUUCCCAUGGUUGGUAGUCUAUUGCAACUCCAAGACCUAACUGUAAGGAGCUGCAAGCGUAUGGAGGAGGUGAUCAGUAAGGAUGCAAAUGUAGUUGUAGAAGAAGAGCAGGAAGAAUCUAAUGGCAAGAGGAAUGAGAUUGUGUUACCUUGUCUAAGGUCCAUAACACUUGGUUUGCUUCCAUGUCUUAAGGGGUUUAGCUUGGGGAAGGAGGAUUUUUCAUUCCCAUUAUUGGAUACUUUGAGAUUCAUUAAAUGCCCAAAAAUAACGAUUUUCACCAAUGGAAAUUCAGCUACUCCACAGCUAAAAGAAAUAGAAACAAUUUAUCACUCGUUUCAUGCAGGGGAAGACAUCAACUCCUUUAUAAAGAUCAGACAACAGUUUAUACAGCACCCACUCUGAUAAGCAUAGACAAAGUCUCCGAUUAAUGACAAGUGAAUAUUAGAGGUUGAAUGGUGAUGAUCAUCUAAACCAAAAGACUAUGUGUCGGUAGUAUUCAAAAAAAGAAUUGUUGAUCAUAUGAAGAGGAUACUAAAGAACAACAUGGUUGCUAUGAAAAUGUUCAAGAACGGGGAGAAAACCGUAUGGAUCAAAUAACACGCUACUCCUUGAUCUAAAAUUGUUGGUCGAAGUGUUAGCCUAAUAAACUUAUUGGGCUUAUUUUGUUAUGGGAUUUUAGCUAGGUCAACCUAGAUUAGCUUAUAGAACCCUAGCAAUCUUUCUUCUCCACUAUUUAUUAGUUUGCAUGGUAUCGGUGCUCUAUUCAAUCCUUUUUUCUGAUGUUGAAGUCGACUUGUAGCAAGCACGCUGACUUUGCGCGCAUUGUUGAAGACUAUUGUAUCAGAGCUCUAUUCAAAAAUUUCAGCUACUUUGGGUAUGAUUUUUUGGAUCAUUUUUGUAUUCCGUUUGGUAUGAUUUGUUUAAUUUCAAG